AUGAAGAUCGUUUCAAUAUCUAUGCCGCUGCUCACCAUAUUUAUCAUUCAAAUCGUGCUUCUUCCAAUUAGCCAUUGCCGGGCAGAUCUCAUUGACCAAACGUGCAAACAAACUCCCAACUACAAUCUAUGUGUUUCUUCUCUAAAACCGAACCCUCGUAGCUCCGCUGCUAAUGUCAAGGGCCUGGCCACCAUAAUGGUCGAGGUGCUUACUUCCAAGGCAAACGAUACUCUGAACGAAAUAUGGGCGCAGCUUCUUAGGCAGGAAGACCCUGCAGUUAGAAAUUGCUAUGAUCAUUAUGGUUACAUGGUGGCAGCCUUCAUCCCAGAGAUAUAUGGAGAUUUAACUUCAAGGGGUUUUGGUGGUAGGUUUGUACGUUACAACCCUGCACAGGCGGAGCGACGCUUGCACGAUGAUAUUAUCCGACGAGUUGAUCAUUGUCGGCAUGGUUUUGGUAAAGGCCGCCGAUCUCCAUUCGCAAAGGAAAUCAAAGCUACCCGUGAAGCUGCGGUUGUGGCAGCAGCAAUUGUUAGGAUAUUGAUUUGA